CUCAGUCCAAGCCCAACUCCUGAUAUUUCUUCUUCAGUUUCAGACUUUCAGUACAGAAAUCUCAGCGUCAAUUUCUCUGGUCUCCCCCGGAGCAAUCCAAGUCCUCGCUUUGAUCCAAUGGCAACUCUGGACACUGACGUCACCAUGGUUCCGGCCGGGGAGGGCUCUAGCGCCGACGAACCUUCGACUUCCUCCUCAACGAAGAAAGGCAAGAAAUUCGAGAUCAAAAAGUGGAACGCCGUUUCUCUCUGGGCUUGGGAUAUCGUGGUGGACAACUGUGCUAUUUGUAGGAACCAUAUCAUGGAUCUAUGUAUUGAGUGUCAAGCCAAUCAAGCUAGUGCCACAAGUGAGGAGUGUACUGUUGCUUGGGGUGUUUGCAACCACGCAUUCCACUUCCACUGCAUUAGCCGAUGGCUCAAGACUCGUCAAGUGUGCCCAUUGGAUAACAGCGAAUGGGAGUUUCAGAAGUAUGGUCACUAGAGCAGCAUUUAUGGUAUCAAGAUGAGACUCCCUAUUUGUUGUUUAUGGAACUUUGGAACAGGUAAGUUAUUGUGAUGUGAAUUUUAUUGUGGAUUGUGUCAAUACUAGUGCAUUUUCAAGGAUUCCAUCGUAUUCUUACUAUUUAAUAUUGUGAUUUUUUUUAAAUAAUAAACAUAUAUUUAGUAGUAUAAUAACAAGGGAAGUCUAUGAUAGUGAUCAA